AGAAUAUGGAACGAAGAUACUCCAGUCUUAACGAUUCUAUAUCAAGUUACGACGCUAGUAUAUAUUCAGCGGUAUCUCUGUGUUAAGACGCCAGAAGUCAUCACUCAUGACCAGACGCGCGGCAAUGGGCUGAGCCAACGUUACAUGCUGCAAACCCGACUGUCCGGGACGCCGCUGGUACAGCUCUGCCCGAAACUAAAUCUGCAGCAAAAGAAGAGCAUCGUACAUUGCAUCACCAAGUUCAUGCUCGCUCUUUACAACCGAGAGAUUCCUUGUGCAGGCAUCAUCUCACCAGACAACACAAUACCAAUCUCUGCCGCCCAAGGCUCGAUCAGAUACCGAUCCUGCGCCCUUUCUCUUCGGCGACCGCGACUAACGAAGUCCACACCGCCCCCGCAACCCCCCAGACCACGCGCGCCUUCCUCAUCUCGCUCUGCGAGCGCCAACGCGAAUGGACGAAGAAAGCCGGGCUUGGCGUGAACAACAAGAUCUGGGACGGCUUCGUGUCGAUGAUCACCCGCCUGCACGAGCUUGGCUUUCUCCCCGGCAACGAAGCCUUCCACUUCUCCCAUGGGGCCCUACAUCCUUCCAACAUCCUUGCCGAGGUCGCCAGCGAGAUCAGCAUUCGCGUGACUGGCGUGCUGGACUGGGAUCUCGCCUGCUUCAUACCUGAAUUCGUGUGCACACGUCCGCUGUUUUAUCUCUGGGGCAAAGGGGGCGCGGAAGAUGACCUGGAAGAGAUGGCGACGUUUGAUACUGAGGAUGGGGAGAAGUCGGAGCUGAAGUGUGAGUAUGAGCGUGCGGUCGAUGACCAAUUUGGUGGCUGGGCUGCGCCUGAAGUUGUUC